UCAAAACAGGAUGUCAAACGUUAGCGAUAAGGUCAAAGACUCAUUCCGCUUGGAAGCAAUGGUCUAUGAUGCUGAUCCAGUGUCAAUGGAAAUCCUUCAACUCAUGGAGUUGGCGUUUGGCUGUGUGCUGAUCCACUUGUUCGCCCUGCUGGGGCUAGCGGGCGCCACCAUCAACAUUAUUGUCUUAUCUAGUCAGAACAUUACGACAGACAGUUCUAACAUUUUGUUAAUAUCGCUGUCUGUGGCAGACUUUGUCUUCUGUUUGACUAUACCCAUAUGUCGAUUCAAGUGCAUCAUUUCUCAUCUGAUAGACAUUCCAACUGGCAUCAUCUAUGACAUCUUUAUCCAACAACAUCUUGCCUUCUUCAACCGUGUGUUCUACUACAUCAGUAUCACCCUUGUCGGUGCCAUCUCGGCAGAAAGGUUUUUGGUCGUGUUCUUCCCUCUGAAAGUAGUCAGCAUCGUGACCCCGUCAAGAAUUAGAUUCGUUUCCGUUUCCGUGUACGCGAUCAAUUUCGCACUGGCCUCCCCUGGUUUCUUCUGUUUAACCGAAACGUGGCUGCUCUCGGAGAGCUACAACCGAACCUUGCCAGUUUUGGUGAUCACAGAGUUCUACAAGGAAAACAUCAAAGUUGUCAACGUGGUCAUCUCUCUCGUAUAUAACAACACAGUCCUUGGCGUCUCGAUACUUCUCAGUCUCACGUGUACCCCGGCUAUAGCCGUGAAGCUGUGGAUAGUUACCCAAAAGAGGCAGAAGAUGAUCCAGAAGAAGUGCUCUUUUGAUCUCCAGGUGGCCAAAAUAUUAAUAGCUAUUUGUACGGUCAGUCUGUUGGUGUACGGUCCAUUCGUUGGCUAUAUUACAGCGACUUAUUUUAUCCCAGACUACAAACUCAUUUCUAACUCCUUCAAUCUUUAUAGCGUCAUAACAGACUUCAGUGGUACCAUAUGCGCUUCUGCCAACUUCUUAAUUUACGUAACAAUGUCCAGCAAAUUUCGGAAACACUACACGCGAUUAUUUUCUAAUGUUUGCAUCUGUAAAUAACAAAAAAAUAAUUGAAGAUACUGAGACAUCAGAAGGAGAAAAAUGUCGCAAUACGGUUCUCUGUAUUGUAGAAGAUGUUUUAAUAUUUAUAAUGCUGCAGUGAACAUAUUAUUAAGUGAAUUACACUUGGUUUCCGAGUAUUUCUAAUUUUGAACUUAGUCUUUUGAGCAGUUGGGACACCACACAUAAUCUGUCGACCGUCUUUCUCCAUUUCUCUCUUUUGCCUUGGCUAUAAUCUCUUUCAUUUACAGA